AUGAAACUUUUCGGGAUCACCCUUGCUCUUGCUUCCGCUCAAGGAGUCAACAACGAAACCGAUGAACAAGGCCGAAGCUACUUCCCAGAACCGAUUCCCACCGAUGACUACAAGCCGGUAACCAAGACUCCCUUCUGGCCAGUUCGUACUUUGCCGCCAAUGGACCACUGCUGGAAAUGCGAGGGCGAAAACUUCGGACUCUGCUUCAUGCAGCACUACAAACGAUACGGUUACCAGCCACUCAUGUGUCCAAUGGGCAAGGUUUGCAGCAUGACCGAGCGACGACGAGGAGGCAAGGUCGAGUGGGUUUCCAUGCAGUGCAAGGACCUUGAGGUCUGCGAAGAAGAGCAAUAUCACAAUGUCCGACCCUGCCCACAGAUGCCUUCUGCGACUGAAUGCAACCAGAUGAAAUAUGGCCACAGCUACGAAAAGGUUCCAUCUGUCUGCCGAAAAUGCUUCAAUCCACCAAAAGGCGCCAGAGAAGCUUGGGACUUUAUCGACAGACUCAAUGAAGCUGAUGAUAAGGGAGAAAACGGUCUCCCAGUUAAAGAAUGGAUGGACGGAAAAGACUACGCAAUCCCUGGUCCAAACCCUGGCCCAGUCUACUAG